GUCUUUUCUGCAGCACAGGCAACGCACAGCUCCACGGAAGAAAACAAAGAGAAAAAGCCACAUUAGACACCAGAGACUGACAGUGAACCCCAGUCAUCAUGACCCGCUGCAGAGUGAACCUCCGCACUGUGCUUUUCCUGGUGAUCCUGCAGGGGGCAGCAGUGGUGCUGCUUUCUAGGUGGUAUGUCCAGCUCAGUCCCUGCAGCUCUGCCCCCUCCAACAACAAAGUUCAUGUCCUGCUGCUGUCGUCGUGGCGAUCCGGCUCAUCCUUCCUGGGUCAGGUGUUCAGUCAGCACCCAUCUGUCUUCUAUCUUAUGGAACCUGCUUGGCACGUGUGGACCACACUGCAUAAACCCAGUGCACGGGCACUUCAAAUGGCUGUGAGAGAUAUGUUGCGGAGCAUAUUCCAGUGUGACUUCUCAGUGAUGGAGGCCUACCUGCCAGACCACUACAAUGCUUCCUCCUUGUUCAUGUGGAGUUACAGUAGAGCACUGUGCUCACCACCAGCCUGUCCUCUCACACCACACAACCAGUUCAGCAACCAGACCUUGUGCUACAAGACAUGUGAUGCUAGGGGCCUGCAGGGGGUGGAGAAGGCCUGUGGCACUUACAGUCACGUGGUGAUAAAAGAAGUGCGGCUUCUUGAGCUGGAGUCUCUCUAUCCACUUUUGCAGGACCCAAGUCUAGAUCUCCGCAUCAUCCAUUUGGUCCGAGACCCGAGGGCUGUGAUACAGUCUAGGGAGGAGGUAUCCAAAUCCUUAGCCUUUGAUAAUGCUGCCAUACUGGAGCAGAGGCGUGUAUGGGGACGUGAGGUACAGUAUCAGGUCAUGCAGGAGAUCUGCCGUAGCCACGUGCGCAUCAAUGAGAGGGCCGUCCUGAAAUCCCCUCCAUUUCUGAAGGGUCGCUACAAAAUGGUCCGCUAUGAGGAUAUGGCACGCAGCCCACUUGAGGAAAUAGUUGCCAUGUAUGAGUUUGUAGGACUGGAGAUGACCGAACAGUUGGAGGAAUGGAUUUACACAGUGACCCAUGGACAAGGCAAAGGCACCAAGAAAGAGGCCUUUGAUGUCACCUCACGAGAUGCUGUGACUGUCUCCCAGGCUUGGCGCACCAUACUGCCAUACAACAAGGUCAGACGCAUUCAGGCAGUGUGUAAAGGGGCCAUGUCCUUACUCGGGUACAGAACAGUUCACAGUGAGCAAGAACAGAAGAGACUUGACAUAGAUCUGCUGAUACCACGGGAACCAUAUAGUUUCAGCUGGUUACCAGCAAAAACCGAGCAUCCUAGUAACAGUUAAAACAUGAAUGAUAAAGACAUUAUCAC